CCUCGAUAUGGUCACACUACUUUACUGCGCUGUGUUUUCUGGAUAAUUUUCGCGUCGGUUUUCUGAUUAUUUCAUCACCUAGCACAGUGUGCUCUAGCAAAUAGCCAAUAAAGCUACAGAUUCAAUAAAGAACCGAAGACAGCAUCGCCAUGGGCCGCCGUUGCUGCGUUGCCAACUGCCCGUCGACGUCGCGUCUGCUGGAGCACCACGGCGUGACCUACCACUCCUUCCCCCUGGACCCCAUCAUCCGGGCCAUUUGGAUCAAGAACUCGCGCAUCAGCCUGGAGCGGCAGAUCACCAAGAGCGUCCUGGUCUGCUCACGCCACUUCCGCCGCCUGGACUUCAACACGAUCCGCAAUGGAAAGUACCUGCUCAAGCCGCGCGUCUUUCCGACCGUUUUUCCAUGGGGCAAGAUGGAUUCCGCCGAGAUCGAGGCAGACCACCGGGCACUCCAGCACGCUAGCGUGGAGGGAACGACUGGAACCCAGGGAAAUGCUCAGUUAUCGACUAAUGACGAUGUGAUCAAGGCUACGGUGGACCAAAUAGUGGCCCAAAUCCUAUCGGAAACGGAAGAACGCAAGGCCACGGAGGAAGCCAAAACAAACAAGACGGAGGAUGAGGUAAAGGCCACUCCCGAACCCAGCGCGGAUGCAAAUAAGGCAGCUGCAAAGGAAGCCCCAGUGACUCCAGUACCCUCAAGCAGCGAAGCAACCGUACCAGCUGCUGGAUCCGCCUCCAAUUCUAACUCCCCGCUGCCCGGCUCACCGCCCAAGUACAGCAAUCCACAUAACUUGACUAUCGGCGCCCGUUUGGAGGCGCUCAGUGUGGAGGGCAACUGGUUGCCCGCCCGCAUCGUGGAAGUAAACGAGACGGAGCAGACGCUACUCGUGCGCUUUGAGCGCAAUCACAAGCUAAAGGUGUCGCCUUCUACAAGCGGCAGCUCUCAGGAGUGGAUGGCCAUCAAGUCGGAACGGCUUAGGCAGCGCCUCAGCAACCGGGUGCUACCCGUCUUUGAGCUGGAUGAGAAGUGCAUGGCCCGCUGGUCGGGGCCGCGAAAGUUUCCAGGAACCAUCCGCAAGUUGCUGGGCAACGAUACCUACGAGGUGCUCUUCGAUGAUGGCUACGUUAAGAACGUGCGCGCCGUGCACAUGAACAAGAUGCCCAAGCAGCUGCUCCCUGUUCAGGCAACGGAAGAGAGGGCUUCGAAGCCACCCACUCCGGUUGGAACUCCAGUAAGCUCUGUAUCUGUGGCUCCGAAGAGGGCAAGCACAGGCAGCGUGAGCGGAACCAGUGGCUCCUCGAGCAGCAAGAAGAGCAAAAGUACACCACAGCGCAGGGAUUGGCCGUUGCUGGAUAUGGCCAGUUUGGAUAUAGCAGCUCUAGGACUCCCCGAAAUACCGCAUGACGGCGAGUGGACUUGUCACUGGGUAAAUGACCAACCUAUUGGAACCGAGGGUUUCCUGAUUGUGGGCGAACACCAGAAACCCACUGUUAUCGUGCAGGACUGGCGUCUGCCUCCUGGCUGGAUCAAGCACAUGUACCAGCGAUCCAACGUUCUCGGCAAGUGGGAUGUUAUUCUCGUCUCACCCAGCGGCAAACGGUUCCGCUCCAAGUCCGACUUAAAGUUGUUCCUUGAGUCUCAGAAUCUGGUCUACAACCCGGAUGUUUACGACUUUAGCAUUCAUCGACGUCGUGCCAAAGACAUCAAUGCUUACGUCUACACACACGACUACAAUCCGCAGCCACCGCCCAAGCCCAGGACCAUGGAUGUGUCGAUGGACUCCACGCUGGACCAGAGCAUCACGUCGCAGUCCUCGUUGCCUUCUACUCCGAUGCCGGUGAAAGAAAGCCAGUACAUGGAAGCACCGGUGGCCUCGCUCAUGCCACCUGCCGAGUUAAUGUCGCCGCAGACACAACCCGCCGAUGAGACAAAGCCCAAAACCACAUCAGAAGUACUAGAAGCCGGUGAGGGAGGUUCGUCUCAGCUUUUAUCAGGAGAUCCUCCAGUGGUGGAAAAUGGCUUUGCUUUCAUUGGGGGCCUAAAAGUCAAAAUCCAGGACAAUCUUUAUGUAUGUCCGCGCGAAGACUGUGGCAAGACCUAUCGUAAAGAAGACUUUCUGCUUAUCCACAUUCGCCAUUAUCACAAAGAAUUUGCAGAGCACGUGAGCCACUGCCCAAAGAUGCAGGAACUAGCGGUCAAGCGCACACACCCCUCGUCUAUCGAGCAAGGUGAGGCGGUGCCGAAAAACCAGAUACCCAACCAGCAGUUCUUUGCCAAAAUGCACCAGCAGGAUAUGCAGCAGUCGCGCUCGUUUAAACGUCAGAGCGUAUCAGCUACGGUCACAUCUCCUGGAGGACCGGCAACUCCAUCUGUCACAUCGCCUACAAAGACCCUGCUAUCUCCUAAGAUGGAGCCACCAAGUGUGUUGACGCCAACUGUUGAAAGUGGCAUUACGCCAGAAGAUGUUUCUUUGGAGGCUGGAGGUGCAACUCAGUCGUUGAACCCGUCCUUGAGUCGUUCCUGCAAGCGUGCACGCUUGUCACCGUCAAAGCGACCAUCUGGAUCGCGCAAGAGCAACCGCCAGCGGUCUCAGCGUCGCCCCAAUUUGACAGAUAGCACGACUGGUCACGCCCUAACCGAACAAGACGCUGAGGAGACUCGGCAAUCUUUUAACACCCCCACUCCAGAUACACGCAUCGACUCAAAGAAACGACGCGUAGGUGCGGCACCAACUCCCAUUAGUUCCAUCGACUCACCAGCCAUGGCAGAUUCGGUGUCCACGCCGUCGUCUAAUGACCAGGCGGACAUUAAUGCAGCCCUUGCCCCACCACCAGCUGACACUCUAACCAAAGCACCCCAGUACAUCAAGGAAAACGGUGAACUAAUUCGAAUUGUGCGCAUGCGGCAGGAGGAGAUCAUCAACUGCAUCUGCGAGUAUGGCGAAGAGGACGGUCUGAUGAUCCAAUGUGAAUUGUGUUUAUGCUGGCAGCACGGUGCAUGCAACGGAAUUGUCAAAGAGUCAGACGUGCCGGACAAGUACGUUUGCUACAUCUGUCGUAAUCCGCAGAGGGGUCGGGACUCAAUGAGGUUUAAGCACGACCAGGACUGGCUAUUCGAAGGAAAGUUGCCGGUGGCCGCGUAUCACACUGCAAAUCCACAGACCACCAAACAAUUCGAGCUCCUAAAGCGCUCGCACACGCUGACCGGCAAUUUACUAGAUGCCAAGCGAUCGAUGCACUCGCUGCUGGUCAAGAUUAACAUCGCACGCAACCGCUGUCACCCAAAGCUUUAUCUGUGGGCUAAAAAGUGGGACGAAGACAAUCUGGGCUCUACUGCGUUGACACCGGUUAAACGUCCAAAGUUGGAGCACCCUGAUCUUCCGAACGUUCCCCAACCGGAAGCUGCCAUCGAUCCGGAGGAGUGCCAGUAUCGCUUGAUCGAACAUGUGAAAGUGCAGCAAUCAUUGGUUCUCGAUCGCCUGGAUGACAUAGAAGCGGAAAUGGAGGAACUGGAAAAAGAGGACACGCUUGAUGACUUAAAGGAUGCGGACAUCUCGACCACCAAAGAAGCUCUGGCCACGUUUAUCAAGGAGCUGGAAACCAUGAAACGCCUUGCUAAGCUUAACCAGGUGGCCAAUAUGAAGCAGAGCCUUAAAGAUUCUGCCACUAGCCAGUAGAAUUUCUAUUGAACACGUUUAUAGGCUUCUUAUAAGGAGUAGGUUUUCAUUUAUUGCUGUUUUUAAACUAUUCAUAAUUCCGCAGACGUGUAGAUAGUAACCAUCAUUCUGCUUAAAAAAUAUUGCUAUACUUUUUGAAGUUUGAUAAUAUAAUGGAGUUUAAAUUUAUAUUCUUUAAAAGUAAUCCACGUGAAAAUACAGAAAAUUAUAAUUUCA